GGCCCAGGCUAGGGUCUCAGAAGUCGGAUGACGUCGAUUCGCGUUUCGCUGACAGGGAAGCUGCCCGAAAUGGUAAGGAAAUAGGAAAAGGGGGAAAGUCGAAAAUAAGGUUGCCUCGGGAAGGAUAAUGCAUGCGUCUAGAAACACAAGCCUGAUCAGUACGUCGUUGGAGGUCCGAAGAAGGCGAGGCACAAAGUGGGACCUUGGUGAGACGCAUUAUCCUCACUCAGCUCGCUCCACUCCCUCUUCAAGCUCAAGAACGAUGAAGUCCUUUGCCAUCCUUGCUCUGUUCGCCUCGCUCGCCGCUGCCGCGCCUACGCCCCUCGAGAGGCGCGAUGUGGGGACGCUGACGUGCCAUGUCGUCAAGACGGGCACGCUGACCCUGACCGACACCAAGUCCAACAAGGUCGACGCCGCUACCCUCGCCAAUGAUUUCACCCUCGACGACGCCCUUGCCGGCAGGCAGAGGCCCGACAGCAUCAAGUACGAGGGCAACCCGCGCCUGCUCUCGGCCUACCCCGGCUCCAAGGCGCAGGAGUUUGAGUUCCUCGCCUGCAAGGAAUCGAGCAGGCCUGGCUUCGAGGACUACAGCCCUGAGAAGGACGGCGUCUACUACGGCCACCUGUCGCUCAAGACCCACCCAAACAAGUGCCUCAAGCACGUAUCCGUCUAUGCCGACGAGGCUUACCUCGCCAACGAGGAGUGCUACUUCUCCGACGACUCGGGCUCGCCCUUCUACUACUUCUCGUACAGCCCCAAGGACAACGGCAGGAUCAAGUUCCUCCAGUACACGGGCCCCAAGGGCGCCAAUCCCCCCACGGCAGACGAGGCCAAGGCCGAAUUUGACUUCACGCCUGGUUCGAGCCAAAAGGCACCCGCCGUCGGCGUCCACGACGGCAGCCCGCAGUUCUCGUCGUACGAGCUCCGCCUCAACUAA